AUGUCCGCGUUAGGCCUUUCCGCCGCUGCCCCGGCCUCCGCGCGCCUGAGCGUUUCCGCGGAACCCGCGCACUUGCGCCUGCGCGGGGGACGUACCAUUCCGUCCGCAUGGAAACCCACCCCCCUGUUGCUGACGUCAUCCCGAUCAGCAGCGGCGUCGCGGCGCGCAAGCCUCCCGAUCCGCGCGUCUGCUGCUGCGGGAGCGGAGGGUGCGGCGGGAGAUGCGGCGGGAAGUGCGGCGCAGGGCGGGAUGACGUACAAGGACGCGGGCGUGGAUAUCGAUGCGGGUGCUGAGCUGGUGCGGCGCAUCGCCAAGAUGACACCUGGCAUCGGCGGAUUCGGCGGGCUGUACCCGUUUGGGGACCACUACCUUGUAGCGGGUACGGACGGGGUGGGCACGAAGCUGAAGCUGGCCUUCGCGAUGGACAAGCACGACACCAUUGGCAUCGACCUGGUGGCGAUGAGUGUCAACGACAUCAUCACGUCAGGCGCUCGCCCGCUCUUCUUCCUCGACUACUUUGCCUCCAGCAAGCUCGAGGUCGACCAGGCCGAGCAGGUCAUCAAAGGCAUCGUGGACGGCUGCAAACAGUCAGACUGUGUGCUGCUGGGAGGGGAGGUGCGUGGGAGAUGCAGAAGAGGGGGGCGGGUGUGGGGUGUGAGGGUGGGCGUGGUGGCACUGCUGGCGCUGUUGCCAGUGGGAGAGGUGCGGUUGGGCCAGGUGGGAGAGGGCAAGGGGGGGUGGGGAGAGGUGCGUGGGAGAUGCAGAAGAGGGGGCCGGGUGUGGGGGGUGAGGGUGGGAGGGAGGGAGGGAGGAGUGAUAAUAUCGUGGCAAGUGCUACUGCCCCUUGAGGGCACCCCCUUGUCUGCUUGGCAAGGGGGGGAUGUUAGGGGGACGGCAGAAAUGCCCGGAUUUUAUGCUGACAAGGAGUACGAUCUGAGCGGGUUUGCAGUGGGAGCAGUGAAGAAAGCAGAGCUUAUAGACGGAUCCGGUAUAAGGAAGGGCGAUAAGAUCAUCGAGUCAUUCAAUGCACUCUCUCUCCUCUCUCCCCUCCGCCCUUACCUGUUCGCCCCUUCCAGAGUGGUGGACGCCAGUGGCGCUUCCCUCUCAGACCCCCUCCCAGGUGCCCCUGCGGGAGUGACUAUAGGGGGCGCCCUGCUAGAGCCUACCGUGAUAUACGUGCGGCAGGUGUUGGACAUUAUAAAGGGGGGAGGUGUGCAUGGCAUCGCGCACAUUACUGGGGGAGGCUUCACUGAGAACAUUCCCAGAAUCUUCCCUGAAGGGUUGGCUGCAAAAGCGGAUAUGACUGCGUGGGAAGAGCCUCCAAUUUUCAAGUGGCUCAGAAAGGCUGGCAAUAUUGCUGAAGAUGAGAUGCGCCGUGUUUUCAACCUUGGGAUUGGCAUGGUGCUUAUAGUGGAUGCGGAGGCUUCUAAGCGCAUUAUAGAGAGCAACCCAUCAGCCGUGCUUGUAGGCGAAGUGGUGGAGGGUGAGGGCGUUAUCUUCUCUUAA